GGACCAAGUGCAAGAUUUAAAAGAAUCCGGUAGAGAAAGCUACGUUGCAAGUUUUAACCAAAGUGUUUGCCGAGGGAUCAUUUGAUGCCAUAGGAAUGGCAACACAUAUCUUCAUAGACAAAGAGAAUGGAGAAACUGGCACCACUAUUGCUACUAAGGGCCAACUAAAACAGCUAUUAGCACCUUCAAAAGUGUUUGUAGAAAGAUCUCAUCCUAAAACCCCUCUUGUUGGAAGGACAGCUAAUGUGAAUCUAACAGAAUCUCAAUCAGUCAGGAAGGCUCUGGGAAAUUUGAACAGACCUCUAGCAACAACAAAGAGUCAAUUCCCCAAAGGAAAAAAGUUCUUGUCAAAAAAGGAAAAUGAAAAUACAAGCAGAACUGAAGACAACAGCAUGGUUCCUGAAGAAUUCCCAGAGAAGGAGAAUCUUUUUUCUUAUAAUCCUCUAGAUUUCGAGAGUUUUGAUGUUCCUGAAGAGCACCGGCUGAGCCAUAUGUCUUUGACUGGAGUUCCUCUUAUGACAUUUGAUAAAGUGCCUGAUAGAUUUACAAGUAGCAUCCCUCUGCCUCCAAGACAACCUUUAGUUUCAUGGGACUAUGAUUGUCUGCAGUCUACUAAAGAUUUUCUGGCCACUCUGGAUGAAAUAGUAAUUGAUCUUCCCCCUCCCUUGUAACAAGUAAACAAGCUAUAUUUUAAAGUUGUAUUUUGAACAAUGUUGUAACUCGUUCCAUUG